UUGCAUGAUGCAUUGUGCUGUGCAUUGUGGUGUACACAAAAAAUAUCAUGCACCGAACAAUUGCUCCAGCAGCCACGGCGCAGCGAUGACAGGUGUGUUGCGUACGUGAGUGUGGGUGUCCAUCCGUCGCCUGCGCUUGAAAGCUUCAUGCGUGGGUGGUUUAGGGGAAAAAGCUCCCCCGGUAGCAGCAGCAAGUUCCAUCAUCGAAAUCAACAGACAGUGGAUAGGUAUCAACAUUAUGACCCUUCAUUUGCAUUGAGAUGAAAAAUGAGAGUGAAAAUUCAGCUUACCUGUGCGCAUCGUGUCAGUUGUGUUCUAGAUUUGAUUGCGAGCGCGUACGCGAAUUUUCGAGAAAAGUGGUUCAGAAAACUGUUUCCAUCAGUCAACGAUGGAUAAUACCUACUUCGUCAGGUGUAAAGCGCGAAAAUUCAACGGUCACGUUUUUAGUCAAAUACUGCUGGCAGUUCUGUCGCUGUUGAACGGAAUACAUGCUCAUUCCAUCGUGGAGAGCGAAACAAGCUCCGGUGGGGGCAAUCCGGCACGGUUUCGCAGUGAAACCGCGGCCACGGAACGCGAGCUAAAAUCUUUGUAUCGCAUCGGUUGCCCAGGACGAAGUGAGUGCCUACCGCUAGCCGAGUGUCCGGAGCUUCUGCUGGAAACGGCUCGUCAAUGUUAUCGAGGUGAUUUCUCACUGUCCUGCGGGGUCAAUGAGCUAGAGCCACAUGUAUGCUGUCCAAAGACGGUCAACAAGUACGACGACCUCAACGAGGGCGGUUGCGGAAAAAGUAUCGUUCAAGGAGACUUCUACCAGGGGCUGGGAGCGUUUCCGUUUGUGGCUCGAAUAGGAUUCAAAAAUACAAAAACUGGUACUUUCAUUUAUCCAUGCUCUGGAUCAAUAAUUGCGCGCCAAAUCGUUCUAACUUCGGCACACUGUGCUCUGGCGAAAGCUGAUAGUCAUCGAUUAUCAUCCGUUCGGAUCGGUGACUAUGACACACGUACCGACCCGGACUGCGGAAAUACCGGAUUUUGCGCACCAGCGGCCAUCAAUCACGCUGUCAGCCAAAUUAUCGUUCAUCCAGACUAUGUGGACGGCCAGUAUCAUCAUGACAUUGCACUACUAGUGCUACGAACGGCAAUCAAUUAUACAGUGGCAGCGCAGCCGAUCUGUCUGCACCGGCGACGCCAAGAGCUGACCGUUGGUCGAAGGGUACAAAUCAUCGGUUGGGGCAAGCUGUCCACCAGUGUUACCAAAUCACCUGAGCUGCAGUCACUGGAGGUUCCCCUGACGUCAUGGGAUCAAUGUGUGCGGGCUUACACUUCUACGGGUGCUCUGCAGUCCACCAAAUCGAUCGACGGCGAAUGGAUGUGUGCCGGCGGUGAAGGUCGCGAUGCCUGUCUCGGCUUUGGGGGUGCCCCACUAAUCAUCCGCGAGCGGUCCCGCUAUGCGCAGAUAGGAAUCAUGUCUUUCGGAGCGGAAACGUGCGGUGCACUCAACAUGCCUAGCGUGUACACCUCGAUUGCGCACUAUGCCCACUGGAUCGAAGCGAACACGCCAACGACCUUUGUGUAGCCCGAGUUUAGAAUCUGUGCCGGCCUGUGUCAAGCGGUAUGAUAAUUGCCAGUUUAGAAAGAUAAGCUUUGUGUAGUUAAGUGCAGUUUACUGUUGAAAGCCCAAAUAAAGAGUGCUAACUCUUUGAAUUUCCCCACGUGAUGACAUCAAAUUUAUUUACUUUUGUUC